AUGGCUAUCGGCAGGAGACGUAUCGAGGGAAUCGCUGUCGAUUUUCCGGCGAACAAACUCAAGUCCGGCGCCGGCGAUUCAGCCAUUCAUAUUCUCAACUCGCUUGCCGAUGCCGCCCUAAUUCAUACCGGAUUCGCAUGGAAGCGAAUGAUUCCACCGAAGGAUGAUGACGAUGACGACGUUCACGUCGACGAAGACGACGAUGGAAGUAAUGACGACGAAAUUGUGGAAGAGGACGAUCUCAUUGGUGACGACGACGACGACGACGCUAUUUCGAUUGAUCUCAAAGCACCGACGAUUAUCACCGAGGAGGCACCAUUGCAAGCAAUGCUCCACAACACCACUGAUGUGAUUCAGUGGAAGCAGGAGGUUGAUCGCGUUGCUCCUCUAUUGAAGAUCACUAUUCGACAAGACGCAAAGGAUUGGAGACUUCAUCUGGAGCAGAUGCACACGAUGCAGAAGACAGUUGAAGGGCAAAUGAAGCUGAUCGAGCCGACUUUAGAUCAGAUGUCGAAAGAGAUGAGCAAAACCGUUGAACGAAUCGCGUCGCGCGAGAAAACAUUGAACAAUCAAUUGAGUUCGAUGAUGUCGAAGUUUCGAGCCGCACAGGAUCGCCGAGCCGAACUACGCGAGAAAUACAAGUCGGCGUCGGUCGGUGUGAGCUCGAGGACCGACAAGCUCAACCAGAUCAGCGAGGAUAUUGAGCAGUUGAAGCAGCAGAUUGAAGAGCAAGGAGCCAAAUCAAACGAUGGAGCGCCAUUGGUCAAAAUUAAGCAAGCGGUGAAUAAAAUGGAGGAGGAGCUGCAAAGAAUGAAUGUGCAAAUCGGAACGUUGGAACAAUCGAUAUUGAAUACUUAUUUGAGGGAGCGCUUCCAAUUCGCCGCUGAUAUGUAUAAUGCGUAUUGA